CUCUGCUCCUGUCAACAUGGCUCAGAACUUUUACGACCUUUCAGCCAAGCUGCUGUCGGGUGACAAUCUCAAUUUCUCCUCGCUGAAGGGAAAAGUGGUGCUGGUCGAGAACGUGGCGUCUCUCUGAGGCACGACGGUCAGGGACUACACUCAGAUGAACGAGCUCCACUCCAAAUACUCGGAGAAGGGGCUUGUUGUGCUGGGAGCUCCCUGCAACCAGUUCGGCCAUCAGGAAAACGACAAGAACGAAGAAAUCCUGAACUCCUUGAAGUACGUACGUCCUGGGAACGGCUUCGAGCCUCACUUCCAGCUACUGCAAAAGAUUGACGUGAACGGCAAGGAUGCGCACCCCCUGUUCGUGUUUCUCAAGGAGAAGCUUCCCUUCCCCAGCGACAACCCUACGGCCUUGAUGACCGACCCCAAGUUCAUCAUCUGGAGUCCCGUGUGCAGGAACGACGUCUCCUGGAACUUUGAGAAGUUCCUCAUCGGCCCCGAUGGGAAACCGUUCAAGCGCUACAGCAGGAGCUUCCUGACCAGCGAUAUCGAGGCUGACAUCAAAGAGCUCCUCAAGAACGUGAAGUAAACCGUCUUGGCACAGGAUGGUCUCAGAGGAUGUUGUGAGCUGAUAUAGAUAUGACACGGCCACUCCUGUCUUAUCGACGUACAGCCUGGCAGUUUGAAUUCAGCUGGCUGUGCUGACUUGGUUAGAGUUCGAGUGUUUUGUAGGAGGUUUACUCUAUGAAGGCACCACUUGAAAUCUGUAUUGAGGGUGGUGGCGGAUGUGAACGUAAACACUUAUUAUUAACAGCCGUAAUUUAGCCAUGUACAGCAGAGCUCAGCUUCUCCAUCCAACCGUAUGAAAACAAAUAAACCUUACAACAAAUUCA